CCCCCUCGGAAUAUAUCUUGUCACGUGCUUUUCUGGGAUCCGGUGGGACGUGUACCGGUGGCGGUGAUUUUUCAACUUUUAAGGAACGAUAUCAGAAGAGAAUAAUCGAUUUGAUCAGAUUUAAACCCUAAUUCAUAGGAUACGAGGUUAUGCCUAACCAAGGCUAUAUCAUAAACAUAUCUUCCGAUGAAGAAGAUGACGACGAUACUGCGGUUGAGAUCCUAGAGUUUCGUAAUGCUACUACGAAUCUAUUAAAUAAUCCUCAGUCGAAUAACUUACCCAAAGUUGUCAAGAGAUUAAACGAUGUGGAAUGUCCCAUCUGCUUUGAUCAAGUUGAUAAUGCUACGGUGACCAGUUGUGGGCAUAUCUUUUGUUUGGACUGUAUUCAGCAAUCGAUCUCAAGCUCUUCGGCAAGAGGCCAAACAAGAGGUAAAAAGGGAGUUGGCUUAUGUCCUUUAUGUAGAGAAAAAGUCAUUUUCAAAAAUACUACUUUAUUGAGAAUUAAAACUGGACCUAAAGUUCAGGCUCCUGACCUAAAUGAAGAUGGAGAGAGGAAAAACGUUUGAGUGAAAGAAGGGGUUACUCUUGUGCUUACUCGGUUAUGAUAUUCGCUUCUGUUGAAACGAUUAAGUGACCGUUAGCAAUAGCUAAUUGAUAAUUAGUAGCUUUCACUUGCCGAG